GUCAGUAGCUAACAGUGAAUGUUGUUCUGUUGCCAGAAACCGAGAAGCAGUCGCGCAAGAUAACUCGUGGAAUAAGUAACUACAGAAAACGUCGUAUAGAAUUCUGUAAGUCAUGUCCACACCACGAAAGGAUAAGUAACAUUCCAGAAAAAUCGAGUGGCUGAAGCGCAGCUAGCUCGUGGAUCUUUGGAAGUUUGGGCAGACCUUGCAAGUUUACUGUGGCUUGGCUACAGACAUCAUCUCGGCAGCUCUACCUUAGUCCACCACUCCAAAGACAAACAACAUGGUGUCCUGGCUCAUUUCAAGAAGCGUCGUGCUUGUGUUUGGGACCCUCUAUCCUGCAUAUUACUCCUACAAAGCUGUCAAGACAAAAAAUGUCAAGGAAUAUGUCCGGUGGAUGAUGUACUGGAUUGUUUUUGCCCUCUACACUGUAGUGGAGACCAUCACGGACCUUACACUGGCAUGGUUUCCUUUGUACUAUGAACUGAAGGUAGCAUUUGUGAUCUGGCUCUUGUCCCCUUACACAAGAGGAGCAAGUCUCAUUUAUAGGAAAUGUCUGCACCCGCUGCUGUCUUCCAGAGAGAGGGAAAUAGAUGAGUACAUCGUGCAGGCCAAAGAACGAAGUUACGAGACCAUGGUGAACUUCGGCAAGCAAGGCCUCAGCAUCGCGGCCACCGCUGCUGUCACUGCAGCUGUCAAGGGUCAAGGUGCCAUCACAGAUAAGCUGCGCAGCUUGAGCAUGCAUGACCUCACACAGAUCAACCAGCAAGACGGCAGAGGAGAAAACCAGCUGUAUCGAUACACCGCCCACGCGGGCAAUCCAGCCGUCAGACGAGCUCAGAGUGCUGAUGUACCUGAUGAUGCAGAAUACUUUUACGACCAAGACGACAGGAGCGAUGACGACACCGAGCCGACUUUCUCUGAAGACGAGGCUGUUUCUCAAAAAGGACUGAGGCGAUCUCAGAGUGUCAAGCUGACACGGGCCAGAGUCCGCAAAGAUGCUCGCUAUGGAUCACUGAAGAUUAAAGGGAAGAAGAGACCAGCGCUCAGCUCAAUUAAUUAUGGAGUGUGAAGCGACUUCUUCUGACACACGUAUACACACACACACACCCACGGAUACACUGCUGAGUAGUCAAAGAUAUUAUCCGUCUGAAAUAUUUGUAUCUACCAGGGCUAUUCAAUUACAAAUUCAAUUGGGCCAACAUACAACACUUCUAAUGCCACAAACCUUUUACUAGGUGGAAGGAUGAACUCAUGCUCACUGACACAGAUUUGUGAAUAAUAUUUUGAGCAACUUUGGCCUUUUCUGUACAAUUGUACAGCACAUGGAAAAGUCUUAAUUUUUUAAAAUACUACAGCCCAUGAAAAAUUGGAGCAAAAUGUUAAGUGCAUUCGUAUUUUCAAUAACUUACUUUUAAUAAUGUAUGAUCUUUUCUUCCUUUUAUUUGUAAUGUUUGGAUUAGAAGGGCUUUUAUAUUAUCCAUAGCUGUUUUUGUAUCUGCAUCUCAUCCCAAAGCUUUUUUAAACUGCUGUUUUGUUGCUUGUCAUCUCAAUUUGUAUCGGCGUCGUCAUUGCAAGUAGGAUGCUGAACACAAAAUAGUUGUACGUUUGAUAAAUCAAUGUAUUGAUACACUCCAUUUAAGUUAUUGACUUUAUGGCAUUUAAAAUGAGCUACAGUUGUCACUGUGCUGAAUCAGUGGAAAUUACGUGGCUCUUAUUUCUUUUCCAAAAUGGAGGAAGAUGGCACAGUGCCGAAAGUUGAUUACAGUGCUUAUUUCAUUGCUUAUUACUGACUAGAUUGAUCAUGAUUAUUAUCUCAAUCGUAGAUCGCUAUCCAAUUUUUAUUUUCUUACUUGACAGGGCGAGCGCAAUGAACAUAGUAAUUACAUUUGAUGUAUUUGGAGUCUAUUUAGGAAUACAGUUGCCCUCCAGCAUCAUCAGACAAAUAACAUUUUAACUGAAAUUAAGGACUUCCUUGGAGACUGGGUGGUGGAGCUGUUGUUAAUUAAAAAAAAUAAAACACUACCACCAAGAGGCUUACCUCUGAUGUGCUUAUAGGCGGAAGGUUGUUGACCGCCCUUCGGCUGCUUGACAAAGUUGUGCAUGCAGACAUGUUUGUUGAUCAACAU